AUGUGUUCAGUAUGGCGUCACAGAGUAAUAAGUGCUUUUGUGAACUGUUUGCUCAUGAAGAAACUUAAGACGGCAGUUAGGAAGUGGCGGAUGAUGCGCCUCUUCCGUAAGAGGGACGAUUCAUCAGUGACGCGGCAAGCUUCCAUCGAUCCUGUGCCGUCCACUUCUGGCACUCCUGCGCAUAUCUCGCGACCGCCAGCUAAUCUUCUGCAAUUGGAGCCAGACGAAGGGCAAAAGCUAAGGGAACAACAGCUACGACAAUAUUCCUUCUUUCAGCUUAGAAUUCAUUUAAAAAGGGGUCAAAACCUUAUAGCCAUGGAUAAAAAUGGAUUGUUGUCAGGCACAAGCGACCCGUACGUGAAGUUUAAGGCUGGCGGCAGACUUUUACACAAAUCAAGAAUAGUGUAUCGCGACCUUAAUCCAGUAUGGGAUGAGUGUUUCACUGUACCUAUAGAAGAUCCGUUCCAACCGGUGCAAUUAAAGGUUUUCGACUACGAUUGGGGGUUGCAGGAUGACUUCAUGGGUUCCUGUCAUCUGGAUCUUACAGCACUAGAGCUAGGUCGAUCGCAAGACCUAGUGCUAUGUCUACAAGAUCCGAACAAACCUACCCAAGACCUGGGCGAAAUAGUGCUAAAUAUUACUCUAUAUCCGAAGUCACAAGAAGAUAAAGAGGCGUUGGUGUUGCGAAGCUACCUCUUC